AGGAAUGCUCCUUGUUGGGGCUCUUAGGAUCCCAAGUCAGCUCUCUGAGCUCGUUCAGGUCGUUUCUUCACAAGGGCGGUGACGUGUUUGUGGAUAACUACUUGGAGGAGAAGGAGAUGCGUGCUCCAGCAGCUCAACUCCUCUUUGUUAGCUACCUUGUAGAGCUGACAAGGCCUAAGGGCCACGAGAUAGGCGCUGUAGGCGACUAUUUCUGGUUGCAGAAGCCCUGGCUCAAGAAGAAGAAGGAGCUAGAGGGUGUGCUCGCAGCAGGCAACAACACAGCUCAGGUUGUCAGUAGUGUCCUGAACAGACGCUUCACUCCCACGGUGUCAUCAGCGCAUCGGGCACAAGAUUUGAAAGGUGCAUCCAGCAGCAUGCAUGGUGCAGCAACGGCACCCUCCUCGCAAACAGUGCCUUGGCAGGUUUCUGGCCAUGAUACCUUGCCCAUUCUGCAUGCAGCAGCAAGCUCACAGCAGUGUACAGCCGAUCUUAGUCGCUGCACGAGCCCAGUCCUCCAGGAAGAUGCGAAUAUAAGCUUAUGGGAUAUGGAGCCCAAUGAGGACUCCCUGGUCUCAUUGGAGGCCUCCCUUCGCGCUGCCGAGCCGGGCGGCGGCGGAACUGAACGGAGCGGCGCCGACCACCGGCCCCCCAGCAGGAGACCCAGCUCUGAGCUUCCAUGCAUGCAGGCCUCCCUUCACGAUGCCGAGCCGGGCGGCAGUGGAACUGAACGGCGCGGCGCCAAUUACAGGUUCCCCAGCAGGAGCCCCAGCUCUGAGGCUUCCCUUCGCGCUGCCGAGCCGGGCGGCAGUGGAACCGAGAGGAGCGGCGCCGACCACCGGUCCCCCAGCAGGAUACCUAUCUCUGAGGCCUCCCUUCGCGAUGCCGAGCCGGGUGGCAGUGGAAAUGAACGGCGCGGCGCCGAUUACAGGUUCCCCGGCAGGAGCCCCAGCUCUGAGUCCUUCCUUCGCGAUGCCGAGCCGGGCGGCAGUGGAACUGAACGGCGCGGCGCCGAUUACAGGUUCCCUAGCAGGAGCCCCAGCUCUGAGCGAUGCCGCGCCGGACCGCUGUGGAACCGAACGGAGCGGAGCCCAAGCUGUCCCCGACGAGGAGCCCAAGCUCUGAGCCUCGCUCCAUUCAUGCUGCCGAGCCGGGCGGCAGUGAAACCGAACGGAGAGCCGACGACAACAGGGUCCCCCAGCAGGAGCCAAAGCUAUGAGCAUCCCCACACACCGCUGCCGAGCCGGACCGCUGUGGAACCAACGGAGCGAAGCCGACCACCGGUCCCCAACGAAGAACCCCAGCUCUGAGCAUCCCCGCACGCCGCUGCCGAGCCUGCUCUGGCCUGUGACUGACCUGAUGGAUUAGACAGCGGCCAUGGGAUAGUCCGCACCCCAGCGGCCAUAGAUGGCCAAGCCAACGAUCGAUAGGGCGGCACAACACGGUAGGCCCUUGCCAGAUAAAUUAUGUGUACUGUAUUGUAGCUACUAUGACCCCCCUAAUGGCAGCAGCACCGUCAACACACUACGGCUUAGCCACGAAGACGCCACCGUCAUCCGUCUACAGCGACAGGAGGUGACAGGGGCAGGCAUGCAUGUCAUUGCCGCAUCCUCACCCACUCGCGUGAUCACGCAGCUACACUUGCUGCAUUAAUGAUCAUCCUGCUGGGCAAGGGUAACGAAAUAAAACGCCA